AUCAACUUGCCGAGUACCGCCGAGUCUGCCUGCCAUCAGGAGUUACAGGUUCCUCUCUGCUCUAAUACUGCCAUGUGCCAGUAGUGAUAAUUUUAUAUUGUAUGAAGAGAAAUAAUUAAUCCUCAAACUGCUGAAAGUUGCUGGACGACUAAAUUCGUAAGAGAAGUUAAAUUAUAUAUAAUGAAACGAACGAGAACAGGUGCGAGGAAUAACAAAAAUGAAAACGAUAAUGCCGAAGAUACCAAAAUUCAAUCGACGCUGGUGGCAUCGGAAAAAACAAAACUAAACCUCAAGUCACUACGAAGUACUGAAAAUGCAUACUAUAUGGCGGAUACUCAGACUACCGCAUUUUCUAAAAGGUCCAGAAGUUCGCAGAAAGAAACGGGGACUCAUAUUGAAAAAACAGAGAAGGAGUUCAAGCGAAAAAAAGUCGUGGAUUUGCAGAUGAUGAAGGCAGAAUUAAGUCAAUUAGAAGAUCCUCCUAUUACACUCUGGGAUAAGAAAUUGUCUUCCAGUCGAUUGCAGUAUAAGUUCUUUGACAUUCCCUGCGAAGAGCUUGCGCAGCACCUAUUAGGAAAAGUAUUAGUGAGAUAUCUCGAGAAUGGAACCAUCCUUAAGGGUAGGAUCGUAGAGACCGAGGGAUAUUUAGGUGCGAUUGAUAAAGCGUCGCACUCUUAUCAAUACAAAAUCACCCCUCGCAAUUUGCCGAUGUACAUGCCGCCAGGGACCAUUUACAUUUACAUGACGUACGGCAUGUACCAUUGCUUUAAUAUCUCUAGUCAAGGUGACGGAUGCGCGGUACUGGUGCGAGCGGUCGAGCCGUUAGAGGGUGUGGAUUGCAUGGCUGAUCAGCGUAAUACAUCAAAGAUAAGGAAAGUCAAUCUAAAGCCACACGAACUGUGCAAUGGCCCCUCGAAACUCUGCAUGGCUUACCAACUUAGCAAGCAGCACAACAAAUACUCUCUUUGCACAUGGAAAGGUUUGUGGAUCGAGGACGAUGAUAUGUCGAAGGAUAUCAAGAUCGUCAAAUCCGCCAGGAUCGGAAUCGACAGCUGCGGUCCUGAAUGGGCCAACAAACCGUUGCGCUAUUACAUUUUGGGCAAUAAGUCUGUCAGCAAAAAAGAUAAAAAAGCAGAAAUGGAAAUCUUAACUGCUCAAAACUGAUUAUUUCGUCAAAUCUAUAUGCUUUUACGUAAAAAAGCCGAUAUAUUAAAUAUAAAAACAUUUGGAUAUAUCUGUAUAUGUUUCAUAUAUAUAUAUAUAUAUAUAUAUACACAUAUAUAUGAAAAAAGAAUAUAUAUAUUAUUAAUAAAAUAAAUUAGAAAAUCCAACUGCUGAAGAGAAUAAAUAUUAUUAUUAUUAUUAAAAAAUCCAUCAUUUGGAUAGUGAGUUAUAAUUAGAUAAUCAUUAAAUACAAGUUUUUCAUCAAAGAAAUGAUUUAUAAUUAUGUAUUCUAUUUUCAUUUUUUUAUUGCUAAAAUACUUUACCAGUGGCCUCUUAAUUUAUUCAUAUUUUGGUGAAAGACUGAUAUUUUAAGCUGAUAAUCCACAUGAUAAAUUGUUAUUUAUUAAUACAAAAUUGUAUAAUGUUAACAAAAAUUAAUAUUAAUACAAUAAAUUAGGUUGUAACGUAACAAUUAUUUUUCUGCGAAUUAAAAAAAUUUGUUAAUUAUAAAAUUAUCAAUAAAUUAUUGUAUGCUGCGGCGAGACAUUGGCAAUCAAAAUCUUGAUGACAUAUAUUCAAAUGUAUACAUAUUUCUGGCAUGUAAAUAAAUUAUUCAUCUUGGCAUCGA